AUGUCGUGGUCCGGCUUCAAGAAGAAUGUUGGCCGUGCUACGACGCAGGUCAUGAUGAAGACUGGUCAUGUCGAGAAGACAUCGGACCGCGAAUAUGAAGUCGAAGAACGCCGAUACCGAACGCUCGAAUCUGCCUCGCUCCGAUUACAGAAAGAAGCCAAGGGCUAUCUCGACAGCCUGCGAGCUAUGACUGCCUCUCAGAUGCGAAUCGCCGAGACAAUCGACGCAUUCUACGGGGAGAGCGGUGCAAAAGACGGAGUCAGCAGAAGUUACAAGCAAGCCGUUGAGGAUCUCGACGCAGAGACCGUCAAGGCGCUUGAUGGGCCUUACAGGACGACCGUUCUGGAGCCCAUCAAUCGCUUCUGCGCCUACUUUCCUGAUAUCAACGAAUGUAUCAAGAAGCGAAACCACAAGAUGCUUGACUACGAUUCCAUGCGCAGCAAAGUCAAGAAGUUGACUGAGAAGCCGGACAAGGAUCCCUCCAAGCUCCCGCGCACGGAGAAGGAGACUGAAAUGGCAAAAGCUGCGUACGAUCAACUCAACACUCAGUUGACCGACGAGCUGCCACAGCUGAUCGACUUGCGCGUACCAUACCUCGAUCCCACAUUCGAAGCGCUCGUCAAGAUUCAAUUGCGAUUUUGUGCAGAGGCCUACAGCCGGAUGGCACAAGUGCAACAGUACCUGGCUGCCGAGACGAGAGACCAAUACGCCAGUGGCGAUCUCGACGCAAGAGUGGAAGAUGUCCUAGGACAGAUCAGGGAGUUGAGCAUUGCGGGAACUGUAUAG